AUGCACGACAGAUUUUCACAAAUCGUUCACAACAAUAAGAAAGAUCAAAGAAUAUCAACCAAAUCCAAAUCCAAUUCUAAUUCCAUUAAUUUCCAAAUGGCGUCGUCGUCACAACGGCGCCGUGCAUUGCCGCUCUCAUUUGUUGUUAUAGUGCUCCUCAUCCUCGCCGGCCCCGGGCCGGUCGCCGGCGACAAGACCGGCGAGCUCACCGUCUUCUGGGGCCGGAACAAGGACGAGGGCUCUCUCCGGGAGGCCUGCGACACCGGCAUCUACAACACCGUCAUCAUCUCCUUCCUCACCGUCUUCGGCCACGGCCGCUACUGGGCCGACCUCUCCGGCCACCCCGUCGCCGGCGUCGGCGCCGACAUCAAGCACUGCCAGCACGCCAAGAACGUCACCGUGCUCCUCUCCAUCGGCGGCGACGGCGACCAGUACUCCCUCCCGACGCCCAGGUCGGCCAAGGACGUCGCCGACCACCUCUGGCACGCCUACCUCGGCGGCGGCCGCCAUGGCGUGUUCCGCCCCUUCGGCGACGCCGUGGUCGACGGCAUCGACCUCUACAUCGACCACGGCGGGUCGGCCAACUACGACGAGCUGGCCAAGCGCCUCGGCGAACACGGCGGCGUGCUGCUGACGGCGACGGUGCGGUGCAUGGACGGGCAGGAGACGAGCGGCGAGGCGGCGGUGGCGACGGGUCUGAUCGGGCGGAUCCACGUGCGGUUCUACGACGACAGGAGGUGCUCGUACGACUCGUCGGAGCGGCGGCCGUUCUACGGGGCGUGGCUGGGGUGGACGGCGAGGUACGCGAACGCGAGCGUCCACGUCGGGCUGCCGGCGGCGUGGGACGCGGCGAGCGACGGGUGGAUCAACCCGGCGGCGCUGGUGUUCGACGCGCUGCCUCUGGUGCGGGGGACGCCCAACUACGGCGGCGUCGUGCUCUGGAACCGACACUUCGACAGGAGGAGCCGCUACGGUCAGACCAUCAAAGGCAUGCUCUGACUCUGAUCGAUCCGUUUCAUUUCGGAUCAGCUGCACUGCUUUUGUUAUGUGGUUUCAUACACCAAGUUAAAUUUGCGUUUCCAGAUGUUUAAUCCUUGCAAAAACUUUGGCGUACACCAACAUGUUAGUAUGUCACACAUAUCACGUGAAGAAAUAAAAUCUAUGAGUGAUAAUUUAUACA